AAAGAAAGCAAGGGUGGGAGAAAGGGGGAGCUGCAAGUGAAGAGGAGCCCCACAGAUUAGCCCUGGACCAAGGAGACCCAGCGCUGGGCUCUGGAUGUGACUCUUUGCUCAGCUUACAGUGAGCAAGAACAAUGCCAGGCGGCCUGGAGAAGGCGUGUCAUCAGUGCAUCUCUAAAAUCGCCAGCAAUGCCUGCUUCAUUCUCGCGCUCAUGGCUCUCCUGGUCCUGCCGCUGUCCAUGGCCUUCACAGGAAUGAAGUUUUUGGAGGACUGCCCCAUACAGCCUCUCAUUCCCUUAUAUUUGCUAGUGGGUGGGAUCAUCGGUGCCUUAAAGGUGUCUCUCUUGCUGUAUGACUCCACCAGGAUGAGGCGGCUUCUGUCCAAGGCUCUGGUGAUUGAUGACGACGACGACGAUGAGUAUCCCUGGAGACAGAACGCGCACAAAUACUACGUCCAUCUCAUCCUCAGCCUCUUCCUCUUCCUCUGGUUUAUUCUGGGGAAUUACUGGGUCUUCUCUGUGUACCUGCCUGACUUUAUUCCCCCUUUCCAGCAGCCCCAGGCAUACUGUGACAAAACCCUGUACCUCUUUGCAGUAGGGGUCCUGGUGCUCAGUCACACUGUGCUGAUCUUACUGGUCCUGUGCAGUGGUUGUGUCUAUGUGUGUUCCAGGUGGAGAUUUGCUGGUGAUGAAGACUGACAGCCACUCCUCCCGGCGUGUGCACACAUAGACACACAUGCACAAUUUGGGGAGAAAAGCAUGCUAGUGAGUCAAUAGAACCUUCCACACGGGCAUUUCAGAAACUAACAAAAAUGCACUGAAGGAGUCUACCAGACUAAAGAGAAUCUUGCCUGCCUGGAUGUGGGGAAAG